CCAAAUGGAAGUUUAAAGACUCUCCAUAAAAGAACAAUCUUAGUCUUUUUAAUGAUACAUUUGUUUAUAUUCCUUCCUUUUGGUACCUAGCUGGCCAUUUUGCUCAUAACAGUUUUCAGUUAAUAAAGGGUUAUUAAAUGUCUAAACUGUAUCCGCGAACUUGAAACAUAAGAAUUUUGAUAUUUUCUGUUUGUUGUUGUGAGUUGUGAAUCUGUCUUUUAAUUGUUGUCGUUAAUGUGAAUCGUAUAAAAAUGUUCAAAUUUUUAUGAUAUGUAUUUGAUAACAUGUUUUAAUUAUGUAAACCAUGUCAUCGGUGUUCGCUACGGAAGCGUUGAAGAUAACUGUAGCUCAGAUAUGUCAAAACAUUGGUUGGCAUGCUGUUCAGUCUUCACCCCUAGACAUACUUGUAGAUGUUUUACAACGAUUUGUAUCGGAGAUCUCUAAAGCGGUUCAUAAUUAUAGUGUACAGUAUAAUCGUACUGAAGUAAACCUUGAUGAUCUUGGCUUAGCAUUUCAAGAUUUUAGCAUUUUACUUCAUGAGAUUCAAGAAUAUGCCAACAAUGUAGAUUCUGUUCCCUUUGCAUACAAAAUUGUAGAUUUCCCGAUUCAGAGGACACCUAAUUUACAAAUUCCCAAAUCAGACAGCCGGGAAGUUUUGAUGCGUCCUGAGCACAUUCCUAGCUAUCUCCCGCCUUUACAUCCUGAUCUUGAUGAAGAAUCAUUAUAUCCUCAGCCCACUAGUAUUGAUGGUUUAAAGAAAAACGGUGAUGUUGGAGUGAAUUGUUGCGAUUCCACAUCAUCCCCUCUAGGCAGUCCGAGACAUGGAAUAAAGCGAUCUGAUUGGUCUACAGAUUCAUUCAAUAAAAGAUCAAGGUACUACAUAGAAGAGGAAGGAAGGCCUAUGAGAGAGGUGACCAGUGUAUUUAUGACCCCAACUGGAUUUGUUUCUCCUGUUCAUGAAGGAAAAUCAGCUGAAGCAUCUCUUCCUUGCUUAGUCGAUUCCCCACCUCCUACACCUGAUCCACCUCCUCAGUCUACAGUUUCCUCAAAGAAAGAUUCUAAGGUUAAAGAUGUGAAGAAGGAGAAGUCAUCUAAACCUAAAAAAGACAAAGAAUUAAGCAAGAAAGAUUUAAAGAAGCUAAAAUCUUCCAAAAAAGAGAAAGAAAACAAAGACAGCUCCAACAAGCACGAGAAACUGGGGUCUCUUUUGGUCAGUUCGAAGAAAGAGCACGGUAGUUCUCACAAGUCGAGUAAAUCCGACAAAGCAAAGCCUGAAGACCCCCUUCGACCGAAAAGCAAAGACAAAAUCAAGUUGAAAUCUCGGAAAGAUGAGGCUCACAAAAUGAAGGAAAAUUUCAAGCUGGGAAAGAUGAAAGCAAAACUGAAGCAUUCAGCAGCAUCUGGCUCUUCAUCCCACGUUAAACCAAUGAAAUUAUCCAGUUCCAAAAAACUGAAGGCGGCUAGAUUAACAAAAUCAAUUAAGCAUUUCAAAGGGGAGCGAACUAAGAUUGUUGAGCCUCCCCUUCCACCAUCUCCACCACCAGCUCUAGUAAUACCAGUUUUUCCUAAAGAAAUUUGUGAGCCUAAGAUUUCCGUGGUUGAGCCAGUAGUUGAAAAAGAAGUGAGAAAUGACUUUUUGGAGGAUGAGGAUAUGGACUUCAGAGAAGAAUCCCCAGAACCGAGACUCGUCAUCGACGAUUCUUUAGAGACUCAAGCUCGACAAGAGAAGGAGUCUCGCCUGGAAGUGAUCGACUCGUGCAUCGAAGCAGUCAUCCGCCGUGGCGAAGAGGAGUCGGAAACCGAAAACAAGGCUAUGGACGACACAAUCAAUUCUGUGGUUCGUGGCCCUGGUCCCGGUCCUAUGAUGCGAAAGCUGGAGGCUAAAGAUAUCUAUGACUUUACCGAUGCCUCAGAUAGCUCCUCACUGUCGUCGUGUGAUAUUCCUCCCCAUUCUCCAGUGCAACCUCCCGCUAAGAAAGACAAAAAAUCCUCGGACAGUAAGAAAUCAUCCGACAGUCCUAAGCGGAGUAAGAAGGAGAAAAAGAAAAAGGGUGCUAAGGAGGCAAAGGCUAAAUCUAUGAGUCCUUACUCACCGCCACCCAUUAAAAAUCAAAAAUCUAACUUUAUUCUUAAAGUGGAUGAUAGGACUCCUUCGCCCAUUUUAAAAGAUGAUCUGUUGAGCAGUGAUGGCUCUACGCCCAGCUCUUCUCCUAGAUCUAAUUCCUUUUUUGAUCAUUCACCACCUCCACAAAGCUCUACGCAUCAAUCACCAUUGCUGUCAAACAUACCUUCACGACCACCCCCAUUUGUACCCGGUUCUAGUUAUAAUACGACUAGUCCCUUCACGUCAGUGCGACCUCUCGGCCAUAUUCAGACAAAUCCUCAUUUUCCGACACCUCCCCUGUUUGUGAAUCCAGGUAAAUCAGAGAAUGGUUCUUCGUUUCAAAACUUGCAACCUUUGAAUCUGGCCAAGUCUGGACCUUCACCUGUUAAAAGCUCACCUGAAAAAUCUUUUGAACUGAAUUCUGCCUCUCUUUCCUCUCCUAAAGACUCAUCAGAUCUUAUCAAAAAGGCCGCAAAUAUCUUGGAAAAGCCAAAAAUGAAGGAUCGAAAAAAAGAUAAACUAAAAAAGAAAGGCCACAAAGAAGUAGAUAAAGUAAAAGAUAAAAAAGAAAAGGAAAAAGAAAAAGAGGAAGUGAAAGAAAAAGAAGUGAAGAAGCCCAAAGAAAAGCCAAAAGGAAAGUCAGAAAAAGGCUCAAAAAUUGAUAAAAGAAAAUCAAAACCUGAAAAGAAGAAAAAAGAGGAAAAGAUUAAAGAAGACAGCACUGUGCCAAAAAUGACAUUGAAAUUAGCCAGUGGACCUGGAUCUACGAAAAUCUUUGUUAAACCUAAUACAAAAAAUUCCACAUCAUUAUCUAGCAGCCCAUCACCCUCACAUGAUAUGGAAGAUGAUAUACCAUCUCUUCCACCUCGCGUUCCUACACCGUCGCCUCCACGUGAACCAACGCCUCCACCUCGGCCAAGAACGCCAACACCUCCUCCGCCAUCACCUCCCCCUGUUGUGAAACCUGUGAAAGAGCUGAGCCCUCCUCCUGUUGUUCCGCCUCCUGUAACAAAAUCUACACAUUCCAGAGGGCGUGGACGAGGCAGGAAAUCAGCUUCUGCUGCUAAUCCGCCUGCAAGAACAGUUAUUACUGAAACUCUUGGGACUAUUGUUGGUUUGUGUCAAUAUUGUUGUCCCUCCAAAAGAAGAAGAUAACUGGUAUUGUGAGCGUUGCACUAAAAAGCGCAAGAUUAAACCAAAAGACAAACGCCGCGGUAAGAAGCACAAAAAGGAAAAGUAGAAGUACUUGUUUACCUUAAACAUUUCCACUAAACUAACAAAAAUUCAUUUGGAGACAAGAGGUAUUCUUUUAUCCUUUGCCAUAUGUGUGUGCUUUGAACUUUUCAAAUUUUUUCCUCUGUCAGUGACUUCAUUGUCGAAGACAUAGUUUUAAAAAAGUGCGGCAAAGACAGUUCGAAAGUAGUUUUUACAAUGAGCUGUUGUUCCAGAUGAACUAGGGAAUGAAUUUAGUGUAGAGUAAUUUAAUGAAAAUUAUAGGAAGUACAAAAGAUUGACUUUGGUGGUGUUGUUACACCUGCUGUAAUAAUGUGUUUGUUAGAAAAGCUUUAUUUUAGGAAAGUUUUGCAGCGUAAAAUAUUCUUUUUUUUAUUUAAAAAAAAAAAUUGUAAAUCUGCUGAUAAUGUUUCUUCCAGUAACUAUAGAAGAGUUUUACCCUUCUUUUUUUGUAUCCAUUUGUUUUGUAUCCAAUUGUUUAGUAUUUAUAUUUUUGUACACUUUGUAAUUGCCUUUAAGGGCCUUAUUAAGUAUACUAGAGUUGUGUGCCUAUGCAAGCAGCAAUAAUUUUGUUAGUGCUAAGUUUGUUUUGGUGGCUCCCUUUCUUAACAUUAAUUGGGAUCUGGUGUGCAUUUUUCUGUAAAAAAAAAAAAAUUUAAAUUUUGAUUAUUUUUUUACACUAAUUUUAAAAAAAAUAAUUCAAGGGUUUGUAUUAGGUAUUGAAUAUCUUUUGAAUUAUUUCAAUAUUUUUGUGUUCAAACCAAAACUAAGUUAUUAAUAUAGCUGCCAACUCUAUUGGAUUUUCCAGUAGUUUACUGGUUUUUGCCAGUUUCUCCUGAUCUACUGUUUAAAUAAAAAUUAUCCUGGUUUUUGUACAUUUUAGUAAAUUCCCUAAAAUUGAGUGAGUCUUUUUUAAAAAAAAAUCUCUAUUGAAAUAGAAUUUUUGUGCAGGUUUUUACUUGUUUGAAUAUUUAAAUAAAGAUUACUAAUACAUAAGGCAUCAAGCCUUAUUUAUAGAAAUCAGUUUAAAACUUUUUUUUGUUCUGAAAUGUUCAGUUUAUUUUUGUUCAGAACACCCUUUUUAAAUUAAUUAAAAAAAUAUUUUAAAUAUUUUUGAUGAGUUAAAUGCCUAUUACUGUUCAAAAUUAUAAAUGAACAUAAAAUUUAGAGUAUAUUAUUUAAUUUCAAUCAUAACUGGAAGAAAAUAACAGCUUUUCCUAUCCAAGUUGGCAGCUAUGUAUUAAUGAAUGUUGCUGAGCUCAAUAAUUGUUUUUCAAAAUGCAACCGCUAACAGUACAUCAAAUGUUUUUUUUUUUUUUUUUUUUUUUUUAAAGUUUUAGCUUGGAAAUAAAAAGUUUCAUUUGUCUUAUUUCACACUGAAAUUCAGAACAAUAAUUUGUGAAAGAUAUUGGAUAUCUUAAAAUAAUUUAUUUAGAAUUAGGUGCUAUAAUUUUAGUAAUAUAUUUAUUUAUGCUUAUUGUGGAAAAAAGUAAUAAAUGAUUAUACUGCCAGGGAGCUAAUAAUUUUAGGUCCACAUAUGUGGACUUCAAGUUUUAACUAAUAAAAUAAUAUAAAUAUUUCGAAUGUUAAAUUGCAAAGUAGGAACAAGCAUACAUAAUAUUAUACUAUGGUCUGUUUAAAUACAAUGCCGAAUGAGAUGCAAUACCAAUGCAUUGCUGCAUGAAAUCUCAGUUUCAAGCAAUUUUAAUUUUGCAAAUGAAGCAAAAUAAACAUUAUCUAUAAAAAAUAUUUAAUUCUUGGGGGUUAAAUUUCAAAAUUAUAGAAAAAUACACAGAAAGUUAAAAUUAUUAAAUAUAUGUUUGUACCUUAAUAUAAAACAAUUAAUUAAAAUACACAUAAAAUAUUACUAAAUAGUUAUAAAAUUGAAAAUUUAUAAGAUUUCACUUGACUACUAUGCUGUCAUAAAUUUCUCCUUCCGUACCAACUUGGAGCUGCAUGCUCUUGACUUCGCUAUUUUUAAAUAUUUAGUAAAUACAAAUUCAAAAACUUCAUACAGACCAAAAAACUACUAAGUCUAAAGAAAAAAGUUAUUUUUAGAAUAAGCUAAAUUAUAUAAUAUUUAAAAUCAGUUACAUUUUUGAGCGUGUAGAUUUAGUGUCAUUUUUCAAAAAUCACUUCUGUUUAUGUGGAUUUCUACCCAAAUAACUUACAUGUUCUUCAUCUAUUGUGGAAUCCCCAGAUAGCUUAAAUAUUCACAAAUGUUUCACUGUUGAUAAAACAUAAAUUUUUUUAUAGUGUGUUUUUCGAAGCUAAGAUUCACAUAUGAGGUAAUGAAAAAAUUAUACAGCCACUAAAAUUAUAUCUAAUAUUUUUUGUAGAUUUUUGAAAGUAUACAAUAUAUAUAUUUAUGCCUUUUGUUCAGAAUAAUAUGAUAUGUUACACAAUUUUUACUUAUGAUUACUAUUUUUAUGAAAACAGCCAUGAAAAAACAUGUACCAUUUAUAUUAGAUAUCUUAACAUCAAUUAGGUGUUAAAAAGUAUACUACAACUUGAAUAAUUGUACCUAGUGUUAAAAACAAUAAUAAUAAACCAUAAUAGAAAUGAAUUAUGAUAUGUUAUAAACAUAAAAAAUAUUUUUCUGAACACAACCAUAAAAUGUAAAAUUUUUUGUUUCUGCUAUAUAAAAGUUAGUUUUAUCUAUUAUUUUUACACACUAUUUUUUCAACAAUUUGUAUUAGAUAUUUGAUAUCUUAAACUAUUUCUAUUAUACAUGUUUUUUAAAAAAUAUAAAAACAGAUUACAUUAUCAUUAUAUGUUUUUUUAACAUAACUUAUGCAAAUUAUGUUUCUCAAAAGUAGUAUAGCAUAUUAAUUGUAUUUUGCAUGCAUAUUCACUGCCAAUCAAUUAUAAAAAAUAAUUUUUUAAUCCACAUUUUAAUAUUGUAGUUGAUUUAAUAUAGAAUAGCUGAUUAAUUUUGAUAAAAUAAUUCUUUAAUUGAACAGCUUAAUGUAAAAACAUGUUAAGUAACACUUCUAAUAAAAAUUUUAUUCUUCAAAAACACUCAAAUUUCAAUGAAAAACAGAUUACAUAAUUGGCCAAAAGUGUUAAAUAAUUAAUUCUGGUAGAAUUAAAUUUAUUUCCUGGGCUUUAAGUAUAAUUUUACAUUGACAUAAAAAAUGCUUUGUUAACAGUUUUGUGACAUUUCUAAAGCUUAUUUUCUAAAAUCCCUAAAAAGGUUACUUAACAUAUUUUUAUUAUAAGCUGUUAAAUUAUAAGUGAGUUGUCUUUUGCCUUAACUUCAUUGCUUUUUGAUAAGAAUGUUUCGAACCUUUUAUUAAAGUGCUAGUUAUAGUUAUCAACUAAUUUUUUUCGAUGUCUACUAUAGAUUUACUUCUGAACUUAAUUAUUAUUUAUAAGAAGGGUAAUAAUUAAAUCAACGAUUUUUAAACUGCACAGUCUUCCUAUUUCUAUAGUCUUAUUAUCUCUGUUAUAAGAUGAAAAAUUUUGAUUUCCAUUUAUACUUUCAGUCGACUUCCUCGUUAAUAGUAUUUAAUGUGCUCAAAGGAUAAAAAUUUAUAAAAUUAAUCUAUAAGUAUCUCCAUGAGACAUAUGAAAAUAUAUCAGAAUUUGAAAUUAUGAAAAUGUGAUGCUUUAAAUUGAGGGAAUAAAAAUAUACCAACUUAAUUUAAACUUAAAUACACUUCUUUUUUCAUAGGGUCAUUGCUUGUGUAACUGUGAUGGAUGAGUUCAGUAAAUUAAAAAUUUUUUCUUGUUAAUUGAAUAGCAGAAUUCACGGUGUAGUAAGAAAAAGAAAUAUUACCACUAAUUUUCAAAUUAUGUUUCGUAAAUUUCCUAUUAAAAGCUCUCUUUUGGAAUUGAUUUAAACUUUUUUCUUGAUUUAUACUUUGGUUUUUGAUUUAGAUAUGAGAAGUUGAUAUAGUAUCAUGUAUAAGUUUAUAUAGUAUCAAUAAUUACAAUAUCAUAAUUGAAAUAUUUCUGUAAAAGUUGAUAAUUUGACCUAAUUUUUGAAAUAAUUAACAGUAUUUUGAUAAAUUAAAGGCCAGCAAUAUAUAUAUAUGGAGCGGGACCCCGAUUUUAUGUUUUCCGCUUGACUAUCAUUAUAAAACGAACGAAAUGGGAACACAUAAUAUAGGGGUGAGCAAAUUUAAACAUAUUUUUCAAGAAUCGACACUUAUAAAAUUAACUGUUAGAAAAAUUUAUAAUCUUUACUUUUUAGAUGCAAUUUCAACAACAUCCCUCUGAAUUUUAAUAUUUGUUUGCUAAUUUGCUUUUAUUAUUAUUUUUUUUUAUUAUUAUACAUUUGCAAAUAAAUGUUUCAGAGUUUUUAUGCUGUGACACUCUUGAUCAAUGAUUAGAAGAUCUCCCGGAACAGCUCUUCAAACCGCUAAGAAACAAGUCUCUCUUUUAUUUUUUAAAAAAAGAAAGAACUUGAAAAAAGUUUGUGUGAGCUUUGCAGAGAAAAAAAUGGUUUUGAUCUGUUAAUAGAAAAAUUCCUAUAAAAUGUCUUAAAUUAAGGAAUUUUUUAUUGCAAUCUUUUAAAGCUGAUUUAGAACACAUUCUUACUAACAAUGGUCGACCUGAUAGUCAUUGUUAGUACUAGUGAUUAUCUACAGGGUAUCUGCCCACCUGGAAAGUCAUGAGAAAUCAUAGAAAGUCAUGAAUUUCGGUAUUGAACAAAAUUUGUCAUGAAAUGUCAUGGUUUUAACUAUUUUUU